AUCGGGAAUAUAAUGACAAAUUAAGCUGGUGAGAGGGCGCCAGCUAACGGUGAGCAUGUCGGCCAUCCCCCAUAAGUCUCCGCAUGUGUGGAAUAUUCGUCGUCCGCUAUAUCCGCUACAGGUGGCGGGUGUUUGUUGACAUGUGUAUGGUUAUUGUUUGGUGUAGUUUUGUCAAGUAUUAAAAAUGAGUGACGUGGAAGAUUUACUCUGUCAGGACAAGGAUCGGUCAGAGAUCAGAGAGGAGUUGUCAAACAUGAGUUUUGAGGAGUUGCAGAAGUUGAAAGAAAAAAUUGGGACAAAAAUUUACAAUGCCACUUUGUUUGGGCCUAAAAAAGCUAAACGAUUGGCAACGGCAUUCAAAAGAAUAAACAAAAACAGACCACGCGAGGAAUCGGCAAAGAAGCCAGUUACACGUUUUCGAGAAAUCGUGCCUGUUAAAAAGACCCGUUCGAGAGAUCCUAGAUUUGACAGUCUUUGCGGAGAAUUCAAUGAAAAAGCCUUUAAAAACUCUUACCAAUUUCUCCACGAGUAUCGUAAGAAUGAUUUGGAGCAAUUGAAAAAGCAGUUGGAGACCGAGGAAGAUCCAAAGCAAAUUAAAAAGAUUAAAUAUCUUGUUCAAAGAUUAGAAAAUCAAAUUAGGGAGGUGGAGAAAAAAAUUGAAAGAGAAGCUAAGGAACGAGAAGAAAAAGGAGAAAUUAAAACGUCUAUUAAGCAGGGAGAAAAACCAGUAUUUAAAAGAAAAUCUGAAAAACGUAUUGAGAGUUUGGUGUCGCAAUUCGAAGAACUUAAAAAUUCUGGUAGAUUGAAAAAACAUAUCAAGAGAUUGAAGAAAAAGAAUUCAAAGAAAGAUCGCCAGAGACUCGAAAAUUCCGUGUCAGAAUAAAGUAUGGUGUAAAGACUAUUUUUGUUUUGUCUUAUUAACAAUAUAUUGCUUAAUCACGAUGAAAUAUUUUUCAUAUAAAG